CUGGAGAAAAAUGUCGCAUCUCCUCUCAUCAGCAUACUUGUUUAAUAUGCUUUAUUACUUGCUUUGUGGAUCUUCACAAUAAACUCCUUUCAGAGUACUUUUAAUAUUCUUAUUAUCACUUUCUUUGUGGGUCCUCCUUAGAUUCAAUCAUUGCAAUGAGCAGUGCGGUGCAAUUUCCAGGUUUCUUCUCCCUCAUUGUUCAGAUGAUUCACAGAAAAUAACAUAUCCGUUGACUUGGUCCUCCUCAGCGGCUUUUUGGCGAGUUGCCUUGGCGGGAAUGGGGAAGGGGUUUAUGAAGCAGGUUUUCAUACUUCUUAAUGUUCUUUAUGACUUCUGUGUGGGUCCUCUUCCAAUAACAAGCGCAAGUGCUGUGCAAUUUCCAUGAGGGUUUUGGGUAUGGGGUCAGUGGGUUUCGGUAAAAUGCAGACCCCUAGCGUAUUUAGAAGUUCACUAUUUGGCAGUGUAUUCUCCAUCGGUGCUUCAUUGUUGACAAGGUUUAUAGGAAAUAACAGAUCUGUGCACUCUGUCCUCCUCCAUUGCUUUCGCAAUGGCUGAGGGGCUGAUUGGGGGAGCUGUCUUGGGGGUUCUCUUUCAAGAGACUUAUAAAGGAGGUGCGCAUAUAUAUAAAGUUUUCAAAGGUUCUGCUCGUAAGGAAUUCGAAGAAAACGUGAAGAGAUUGUUGCCCACCAUUAGAGAGAUAUGCGAGACGAGUCCCGGAGCGCCAUCGACUUUAUCGCUGGAAAAAUACCAACGAUUUCAGGACAACAUUAUAGAAGGCAAUCGGCUGGUAGACGAAUGCCAGAAAAGUUGCAUUUGCGUCCGGAGUUUGAAGGUAGCAAAACGCGUUAAGAAGCUGCAGAAGGAUAUAAACAAAUUCAUUCUGAUUGACGUUCCCCUGAUCGAGACAGAAAUUCUAAAGAGAUUUGAGAAAUCUGUCUCCGCCCAACUGGAAACUGUCAUUCGCGGGCAGAAUUCUCACUCCACCCAGCUGGAAAUUGUAAUUGACGGGCAGAAUUUUCAAUCCACCCAACUCCGGCAGAAUUUUCACUCCACCCAAUUUGAAGCUGUAAUUAACCGGCAGCAAUCUCAUUCCACCCAACUGGAAACUGUGAUUCAAGGACAGAAUUCUCACUCCAGCCAACUGGAAUCUGUAAUUCACUGGCAGAAUUCUCACUCCACCCAACUGGAAACUUUAAUUCAAGGGCAGAAUUCUGGCUCCACUCAACUUGAAGCUGUAAUUAACGGGCAUCAUUCUCAUUCCACCCAAGUGGGAGCUGUAAUUCAAGGACAGAAUUCCCACUCCAUCCAACUGGAAUCUGUGAUUCACGGGCAGAAUUCUCACUCCACCCAACUGGAAACUUUAAUUCACGGGCAGAAUUCUCAUUCCUCCCAACUUGAAAACGUGCUUCGAAGGGUGGAACAACAACAGCAUACUCAGAUUUCACAGCAGGAUGAAAGCAACCCACCAGAUCCGCCGGGCUGCUUGGUGGGUUUUGAUGAACACAUACGGGAGGUGAAGGAGCUUGUGCUCGGAGACGAAGUGAAUGUGAUUGGAGUUAUAGCUAUGGGUGGAGCAGGAAAAUCCACACUUGCUAAGGCCGUUUGUUAUCACAAUGAUAUCAAAGAGCGCUUGAGAGUAAUAUACCUUAUGGUUUCAGAAAGCCCAGAUCUCCUAAGUAUCCUAAAGACUAUGUGGAGAAACAUUGUUGGUGGGCCAGCACCUGAUUUUAGAAAUAUUGAGGAUGCACAUAACAAAUUGGAGUUUCAAAUAAAGUCAAGAAGAAAUGACCCAAUUUUGGUGGUAUUGGAUGACAUAUGGAAAUUUUCUGAUCUGAAAGAACUGUUAUUUAGAGGGGAGCAAUACACAACUUUGGUAACCACCAGAGAUAAAAAGACCAUCCCAACCUGGUUCAAGACAAGGCUUUAUCCGCUACCGUGCUUGCAAGAGGAGCAUGCCCUGCAACUUUUCUGCUGCUGUGCCUUUCGCAUGCCUACAAUUCCAAAUUCACAUAGUGCAAAACUGGUCAAACAGGUGCAAGCAGAGUGUAAAGGUUUGCCACUAGCUCUUCAGGUGAUUGGUAGCUCUCUGUAUGGUAUGCCCGACUCUGUUUGGAAAGCUGCUAAGGAUGCGCUUGCAAGAGGAGAAGCUGCGGAUGAUAAUCAGAUAGAAGUUCUUCUUAAGAGCUUGGAAACGAGCAUCAAUGUGCUGGAUGACAAUGAAAAGCAGUGUUUCUUGGACUUGGCUAUAUUCCCAAAAGGACGAACCAUUCCAGCAAAUUUAUUGUUAGAUAUUUGGGUGUAUGUCCGUCAAAUGAGACGAAACGAAGCUGUUCUUCGUCUAUGGAAAUUUGUAGCUCGCCAUUUGUUGGACUUGAGGAGGGAUCCCUGGACCCCAGAAAGCACAGAUGAUUGCAUGAAUAGUUAUUCCUUUUCCCAACAUGAUGUAAUGAGAGAUUUGGCCCUGUAUUUGGCGAAGCAGGACAAUAGGACUCAUUGUAGGAGGCUGUAUAUGUCUCAAAAGGAAUCUGAACUCCCCCAAGAAUGGCAAACAGACGGAGAUCGUUCAUCUAGAGCUCAGAUUGUUUCCAUUAACACAGGGGCAAUGAAAGACACACAAUGGCCCGGAAUAAAGUUUCCUGAGGCGGAAGCUUUGGUUUUAUAUUUCACGGCAAGUGAAUAUUGUAUUCCAACAUUUUUGGACACAAUGUCAAAACUGAAGGUUCUGAUAAUCCAUAAUGAUAAUGCAAAACGAGCCAAGAUCAGUGGACUGACUGGAUUCAAAGAACUUUCUCAACUUAAAACUCUGCAUCUUGAAAGGCUGAUAGUUCCUCCUCUAUAUGAGGACUGCAAAGGCUUGAAGAGUUUGCAGAAAAUAUCCCUGAGUCUAUGUCAAGGGCUUGGUAAGAAUAAAAUGUUCAACUUGCCCUCACUUUUGGAAUUUAAUUUGGACCACUGCAGUGAUCUGGAGGAGUUGUCGUCAGGAAUCUGUUCUUCAAGUUCCCUGGAAAUUUUAUCAGUUACUCAUUGCCAUAGCCUUGCAAAGUUACCUGCUGAUUUGGGCAACCUUAGAUCACUUAAGGAAAUAAGAUUGUGUCAAUCUCCAGGCUUGAAAACAUUGCCACCUUCUAUCUGCAGUCUUGGAAAACUGGAACUGCUUAACAUCUCAUCGUGCAUGGGUUUGAAAGUGGACGGGUUAAAAGUCUCUGAUUUGAAGACAACCUUUCAAUCAUUAGCCCAAAUGGCGUCCCUUAAAAAGGUGAUUUGUGAUGAGGACAAUGAGCAGCUGUUCAGAAGGAGCGCCAAGUCUGAUCUUGAAGUUGUACCCGUGGUAGAAGAUUUCAAUUUGAACUGGCUAUGUUGAACUGAACUUGGGAUAUAGAAAGUUAUGUUCUUGACAGAAAAAUAUUAUGUCUGUUGGAUGGCUGUGCAGUGUGAGCUAUGCACAUCACAUUUACUGCUCUUUGGCGUAUGAAUAUAUUUACUCACCAUUAAUUUAUUAAUUAUC